UUGACAAAUCGACUAGUAGACGCUGUAGGUAAUGACAGCACGACAGCCGUUUUUCAUUUGGAUACCAAGUACUACCAAGCUCAUGUAGGCGUUCGUCAGUUCAAUACCGGUGCAGAUCUUUGUUGGGUAAAAGGAGGGCCAAAAUCCGAUUUUAUGAUCAUACACCAUUCUCAUUCCAACGGUGAUAUUAUUAUGUUGCCUAGACUUGGUACGAAGGACGAACUGGAAAUUAUGGAAAGUGUGGUGAAGAAAGUUGAUUGCGACUCUCAUGUUUUGGUUGUGGAUAACUGCAUGCACGAUGAUUUAAAUUUUGCUCAAUCGUGGGCUCAUAGCUUCAGAUUCGAGCUAGUAAUUCUGAACCCUGACCCGAGUCAGCGAGAAGAAGCAAAAUCGCUGAGCGAAAAGUGUGGUAUCGCAAGGGUUGUAGAGGUGAUCGAAAACGUUGCGUGGCAACUCAAAAAGGACAAUUUCAAGAAGAUUACGGGAAAACAGGGACUGGAUCGUUUACUGGCGAUUAUCGAGGCUAUGAGUGAAAGCAGCGAAGACUCAGACUUGGAACCGGAUGAGGAAGAUAAAGAGGCAAUAUGGCAAGCAUUCAGCUCAUGUGGUAUCCCGCCGCAAACAUCUGAAACUACCUCCUCGUCAUCAGUCUCUAAAGAAAGGGAAUGUGAAGCAACUGUCUCUGUUGAUGUGACUAUUGUGAAAAACGAACGGAAGCCUGAUCAGUGGUUCUCUGGAUUGCUUGACAAUAAGGCGAAGGGUGUUUCUGACUGUGAUAUACCGGAGUCUACGGAUUUCAAUUUCUUCCAAGCAAUAAAAGACACCCGUGACGCUAACAUGAAGUUACUCGAUCCAGCAAAACGUGCUGACAACGCGGCUGCACUUCUUUCCAAAAUUGUCGAUCUCAAUAUGGAGGACAAGGACGAAGCUCGCGAUAAGAAAAAUCAAUAG